AAACUGCACAGUGGAGUUCUCAGAGAUCUUGAGCGUCAAAAUCAGAAGAAGGAGAAUAUUCGCCUGCUAGAAGAGCAGAUUGCUUUGACAAAGCAUCUUAUGGAAGAAAGAGACAAGGCACUAAUGGAAAAAGGAUCCCAGCAGUCCUAGGCACACACCUGAGCUGUUAGAGGUUGGGUUAAAGACCUCUGGAGGUCUGUGGUUUCUACCUGCUUGCAAGUAUUUCAACAAACAGAAGCAAUCUGUGAAAGACUCUUUCUUUUGUAUAGGUUGUAAUCCAGUCCCGGAAGCUGUAGGGUACAAACAGAACAUUUUCUCUGUUUUGGUACUUUGACUGUGGGGACUUGUCUGGCACAUCUGAUGUGGAUGGACCUGUUGGUGUGGGGAGGAAUAGCUCAUUGUUAUGCAAACACCAUCUAGGAUGGCUAAUAACGUUCACAUGAGUGGGCUGCUGAGCCGGCACGAUGACGAAGCCACCAGGACGUCCACCUCAGAGGGCCUGGAGGAGGGCGAGGUGGAAGGGGAGACCCUGCUGAUCGUCGAGUCUGAGGACCAGGCGUCGGUGGAUCUGUCGCACGACCAGAGCGGGGACUCUCUGAACAGCGAUGAGGGUGACGCCUCCUGGAUGGAGGAGAUGUCCUACUACUGCGAGAAGUGUCAGAAGUGGAUUCCAGCAAGUCAACUGAGAGAACAGCUCAGCUACCUCAAAGGAGAUAACUUUUUCCGAUUUACGUGCUCUGAUUGCUCAGAAGAUGGGAAGGAGCAAUUUGAGCGGCUGAGAUUAACAUGGCAACAAGUUGUCAUGCUGGCAAUGUACAAUUUGUCUCUGGAAGGAACGGGCCGUCAAGGGUACUUCAGAUGGAAAGAAGAUAUUUGUGCUUUUAUUGAGAAACACUGGACUUUCUUACUAGGGAGCAGGAAAAAGACCUCAACAUGGUGGAGCACAGUCGCUGGCUGUCUCUCUGUGGGGAGCCCCUUGUUCUUCCGCUCAGGGGCACAGGAAUUUGGAGAAC